UAACGGAGUAUAGAAUUGAAGUUGUAACAAAGAAGAAUUUAAGUAGAAGAAGAAUACGAAACCAAAAUUAUCAAUUCAAUUUAUUCCACCGCAACAGCUUAGACUUAUCAACUACAAUGUUGAAUAUACAUUUCACUUUGGUUGGCGAGCUCUACUUCACUGGAGACUUUUUAAGCCUAAAAUUAAGCUGAGUUUACACUCUAGGUUUAUCUGUUAUUCUGCUGGCUGUUAUAAAACCUUUUUGUUAGUUUGUGUGUUUUUAUAACACUUUAACAUUUUCACGAACAGGAACAUAAAGCAUUCUCGAAAAGACUGUUAGAAGUGUAAAUUUUUUUUAAAGUGUAAAUUUAGCUUUAGAAAGCUAAUUUAUAAUUGACGAGAAGGCCUCAUAUAACUUCGCGCCAAAAAACAUUAUUGGCUGAGCAAUAAAGAAAAUGGGAAUGAAGAAGAUGCUUUCCAAGAUCAAAUUUAGAGUAAAAAUAAUUGUUUGUAAACUCAAUCUGAAAAACAGGGUUAAAAAUUUAACAAACUUUAUGUAAACCGAAGUUUAUUUUUUUACUGUGUUAUAAUUAUUUAGCUAAUUACUACAUGAAAGACAGAAUAAAAACUGCCAUUAUGUUUUUACCACCAAACACCGUACAUGUCAAACAUACAAGAAAAAUCACAAAAUUAAAAAACCCCGGAAAUUAGGAAUAUUAUUGUAGAAAAAAGCAACAUAUUUCGGUAACCUUGGGUGGAGCCAUUUGCUAAUUUUUCAAAUGACAAAUAUGUGAUAAAGUUAUAGAAAAAGGUUGAGCCGCGUGUAUAUUAUUUUGCUGUUUUUAAAAAUAGCUAACUUUUAGGAAAAUGCAAUUCUUAAAUAAGGUUUAAAAUGUUAUUGAUAAGAGACCCAACGUCGUUCCCAGGAUUUUUCAUGCAAUAAUGCGGGCACUUUCUAAACCGUCUGCCUAUCUUAUUAUAAAAACGGCUCUGGAGACGAGGUUGGACAAUGCACAAGUGUAACUCCUUCUAACUUUUAGAAGGUCUGUAUAAUAAAUAAGCAUAUGAUGUGCGAAUAAAGAUGGAAUAAAAUUCCGAAAAUAAUUAAGCCACGGGAGAGUACUCUUCAAGUAAAAAACUCCUAAAAGUCAACAUUGUCUGUCUCAUCAAAUUGAAGACUUAAUAUUGUUAUUGUCUGUUCAUACGCCUGCACUCAUUAAUGUCAUCAAUUAUAUGGUGUCACAUAGAGAAGCCAUCUUUAAGUAGUGCACAGCAGUUAUUGAUGGGAAAACUGUGAGCUGUUAAUUGUCUCAUUUGCUGUUAAUAACGAACUAGAUUAAUCUCACCUUUGGUCUUUUGCAUUAGCACAGUCGGUGAUGAGUCUCUAUUGUCGCGCUUCCAACGUUCAAAAAAUGUACGAAAAAAUAUCCCGGUUUCUACAAGGUUCUUGUGCUUUUUUAGCACGACUUACUGAAGUUGUGUUAAUUCUUUUUUGUUUUGUAAAUCACUGCUUGAAAAUUCCCUUAUUUAACUAAUAUCUGACUUAUCCCGAUUAUCCAAAGCUGAAAUUUUAUUGCGAUUAUGUAAUUAUCCACCGUUUCGGCCAUUAGGACAGUGAUAUGACCAAUGGAAACGAAGUUGCAAACCCAGUGAAUGACCAAGUCAGUUCGGUGAGAGUUUUCCAGUCUAAAUAAUUUUGCCGGAUAUAUAUUUUACAAGUAGAAACCAUGUUGUCAUGACGAUACGUAAUAUGGACAAUUAAUUGCUUGAAUGGGCAGAACAUUUAAACAAAGUGCUCAUACAACGGCUGCAAGAGUAAUCUUAACAGUGUUGUUGGAGUACAACGGAGGUCGCAAUAGAUUUAUCUGAAUCAAUAUCCGCUGUGGUGGUUUUCUAACGUUUUGCAAAACAAGGACAAAGGAAAAAGAGGCAAAGAACAACAACAACAUGAAAAUCACGUUCCUUCUGGUGGUCGUGUUAUUCAACACAGACAUAUGCUCAGCAAUGACGUUGACAUUUUCAAGGUUAAAAACUUCCCCACUUAAGCCGGAUAUAAAAGACUUUCUGCCACUUUUUAAAUCGUUGCAAAAACCUAAGGCUGCUGAGAAAGACAUUAAAAGUUUAUUGAGCCAACUUGGUUCAAAAUACAACCCGCGAUUCAGUUCUAUACUUACACCUGAGUCUUUGAAAGCGCGAGAACCAAGUACGAUCAAAAUAAAAGAUCAUAACGAAGCUGAAGUGAAAAGUAAUCCGAAAAUGAGUCAGGAACUGAAAAACAUGAAAUUCUUCGGGAGAAAACCGAGUGGAAAGAAGAAGGAAUAUGGAAAAAGAUUAACGUAUAAGUUUCAGCAGUGGCUGUGGAAUUUAUCCAAAUGUCCUGUUCGCUAUCGAUGGAUUGAUCUGGGUGAAAAUAUUUUCCCGCGUUUUAUUAAAAGAGGAUCGUGCUCAAGAAAAAAGACAUGUUCAUUUCCCGCGGGUAUGAAAUGUGAAAAGUCAAAAUGGAAGACAGUAGCUGUGUUGAUAUACACUUGUCUGAACGAUUACAAUGCCGUAUCUUCGGGGUGUAAAUGGAGAUCAAUGGAUCUCGAUGUCCUUGCAGAAUGCAAAUGUGGUUGCAAUGAAUAAAUAAAUAAAUUAAUUAAUUGCUUUAAAAGCAUGUGUAAUUGCAGGAAAACCAAAAAAGUCAUUUCGAAGUGAUGAAUGUAUGGUUUAUCAACAAUGGAAACAUAAAAUUGCAUCAUGUGAUAAUCUAGAAGUAUAUGGAUAAUAAAUAAAUAUUCCAUAAUCAUGCAAGAGACGUAUAUAAAACCAAAAAAGAGGCUGGUGUCAUCGAGGCCAACCGGAAAAUUUAUCGUGACGCAUUCUCAUAUUUAUCAUGGCGCCUUGUACUUAAGUAUGUUAUUAAGAUUUAGGUUAGUUUGUUUAAUUAAUUCGUGUGACCACAGGCUAAUAACUUUCUUAUGUUUUUCCACUUUAAAAAAGCGUCUAACUAAUUGGGCAGGAUAUUUGUUUUUUCCUGAAAGAACAUGAUACUCGAGAUGUUUUUCUGUUCCAAAUAAAUAUACUGAAAGUAAUUCACCAUAAUUCUAAGCUGAAUGUGCUAAAUUUUCCACGACAGAAAGUCGUUAAAAGAAGCGUGUUCACUAUACUGAACUAUGGACGCUCAUUUUUGAUGUAUCGAAUUAACGUUCUCAUUUUUGGAGAAGAUAUUGUUAAGUGAGAGUAGUAGGGGAAAGGGUUUUUUUUAAUGGACAUUCUUCUUCAAGUGAAGAUGUUCAUUCCAAAUAGGUCCGUACGAAGACUCGGCUUAAAAUGAAACAGGAGUACAGUACCUUUUUUUCUCACACAAAAACAAACAUUUUUUCUCUCUAUUUUUAUUUUUUUUUCUUUAUUUAUUUCCCCCAUAACUUGAAAAUUCACGAGAUUCUAUAUUUAUUAUUGUUUGUUACUUUUGUAUUAACUUGAACGCACGGUGUAUAUAUAUAAAAUUGAUAAAAGUUUGUAAAGUAAUGAAAUAUAUCAGAGAAAUAACAUAUCAGUAAGAAAACCUUCUAUUCAGGUGAAAGAGACCUAGAAAA